AUGUUGCCAUUGGCACUAAGAUUGCGUGGAUCAUGCAAUCGGGGUACGAUUGGGCGCAAAAUAGGGCCGUUUGCGCUCCGUGAAGCACAGAUGGCGCCGUGGGCAGCCCUGUCGACGACGCGUGCGGUCCGCGAGCCGACGAGUACCGACUCGCCGUUCCGGCCGUAUGCAGAGACCCAGAUAUACACACAGCUGCCCACACCCUUGCCGAUGGAUGUGCGUGAUCGCCAUCUGGCUCUGCGCCGCAAGGGUAUCAAUCUGGCGUCGUCCGCGCUGGACGAGAAGGAGGCGCAGCUCAUCGGCACGUCCCCGUCAAGCAUUGAGCAUGCGAACACGGACGAGGUCUACUUCCCCACCAGUCGUUCGAUCGAGACACUUGCCCUGUUCCAGGCGUGUUUAUCUACAGGUCUCAUAUCGCGCGCACACAAACUCAUGCAGGAAAUGCGCGCCGAGUCUCACGGUCGGCUGCGCGAGCUCUACGAGGGGCAUGUGUCUAGCUCUGACCAUGUGACGCCCAUGGCGCCACUGAAGCUGUGGUCGUACAAUGCCAUGCUCCAUGCGUACUUUGCCAAGGCAUUGGAGCCAGAUGCGGAGGACAGCAAAGUAUGGGUUGGUCACGCCUGGAAACUGUGGGACGACAUGAUGAAAGACGGAAGCCUUGUGCUGGAUCCACGACCGGAUGCAUCGACCAUCGCCACGAUGGCCGUGGGCGUGUCGCAGCUCCAGGGCUUGGGUAUUUACCCCCGUGGCCGCCCUGACCUUUUGGAGCUAUUGCGUGGCUCGCGCAAGCUCGGCAUCUCAUUGGACUCUGUGUUCUCAUCGACGGUACGGCAGAAUGGUCUCGCGAACGCGGCUGGGAGCGAGUCGUCGUCGCUGCUGCAGGGCACGAAUGCCGAUACAUACGCCCUGCUUAAGGGCUUCCGCGCGGCGGCAGCCAAGCUGGGCGAUGUUUCCGCGCAACAGGAGCUUGAUCAGGUGGCCCAAAUCCUGGACAAGAGCGAAGUGACAGCCGACGAGUCUGCGGCGGCGGAGCCAGCACCGGACGCGCCGGAGGUGCGCCCGGUGAUGAAGAAGGACAAGGCUACAGACACACUGUACAAACCUUUUAACUUGCGCACUCUUCAAGAGAGCCUGGAGAUGAUGAAGGAGGCACGUACCCGCUCCACAGACCUCUUCGAGCGGCAGCGCUGGCUCGAGCACUCGGCCCUGGAGGCCGCACGCAAGCGCCUCGAGCAUGAUACAGAAAAGCUGCAGGAGCUUGGUCUCGAUGCGGGGCACCUACAGUCCAAGACGCUGCAGGCAUGGAUGUGGGACUGGUACCGUAAGCUGGAAGAAACGCUGCGGAAAGACAUGGAGCGUUUGGCCCGUCAGACGAAGCACCAGCUGGCGAGCUCGAUGGACAUGCAGCUGUAUCCGUUCCUGUGCCUUUUACCUCCGUCCAAGAUGGCGAUGAUUGUGAUCCUGGAGCUCAUGCGCAUGCAGGGCAUUAGUGGCGUGGCAGACGGCAUCAAGACGACACGCGCGCUCAUCACGAUCGGAAAGGCUAUUGAGAAUGAGUACAGUGCCGUCAUGAUGAACAAGCACCCUGAGAUCUUUAUUCAGGCACGGCAUGCGCAGCAGAUGCUGGGUCAGCGCAACCUUGUGAACCUGGCGAUGCGACGCGACAUCAAGGCGUGGCAGGAGCGGUGCAAGGACGAGAACAUUGCGAGCAACAUUCCGAAGUGGACGCAAAUCAUUCGAGCGCGUGUCGGUAGCUACCUGGUGCAUCAGCUGCUGAGCGUUGCUACAGUGAAGCGCCAGGCGUAUGACCGUGAGGGCGAGCUUUGGGAAGAGGAGCAGCCGGCCUUUUACUCGGCCUAUGAGUACAUCCAGGGCAAGAAGCUGGGCGUGAUCCGUCUCAACGAGGUCGUCUCGCAGCGUCUCGACAAGGAGUCGGUGCGCGAAACUCUGCACCCACGCCAUCUACCGAUGCUUGUGCCGCCGCGUCCCUGGCUGACGCACGACUCGGGCGGUUACUUCAGCGUAAAAACCAGUGCGAUGCGCUACAAGGACUCGGUGGAGCAGAGCUCGUACCUCCGUGCUGCAUCUGCGAACAAUGGACUCGAAGUCGUGCUGGCCGGCCUGGAUGUGCUAGGCAACACGGCGUGGAACGUGAACCGUGAGGUGUUUGAUGUGGUGCUGCAAGUGUGGAACUCGGGCGAGGCGCUGGCAGAUCUGCCGCCGGCCGAGAUGACUGAUCCUGAGCCGGAGCGGCCGCCGCCGGACGAUAUCAAAGCGAAGGGUAUCUAUCUGCAGCGCCUGCGGCAAUGGAAUUCGAUCCGCGCCUCAAACCACUCGCAGCGAUGCGACAUCAACUACAAGUUGGAGAUUGCGCGCAGCUUUUUGGGCGAAAAGUUCUACUUCCCCCAUAACAUGGACUUCCGUGGCCGCGCAUAUCCGAUUCCGCCGCACCUGAACCACAUCGGUAACGACCUCUGCCGCGGUCUGCUCAAAUUCGCCGAGGCCAAGCCGCUCGGCGAGGCGGGUCUCCGCUGGCUACACAUCCACCUGGCCAAUGUAUGGGGCUACGACAAGGCGAGCUUUGCGGAGCGCGAAGAGUUUACUAAGCGCCAUGCCGACCUGGUUAAGGACUCGGCGACGCGUCCGCUCGAGGGCGAGCGCUGGUGGCUCCAGGCCGACGAUCCCUGGCAAUGUCUGGCCACGUGCAUUGAACUGAACAAGGCGUGGAAUUAUGCCGAUGGACCGGAGGCGUUCCCCUCACAGCUCCCUGUGCACCAGGACGGCACCUGCAAUGGUCUGCAGCACUACGCGGCGCUAGGCGGCGAUCUACAAGGCGCCAAGCAAGUGAAUCUGCGUGGCGGUGAUCGCCCCGCCGAUGUGUACACGGGUGUGGCCGAGCUGGUGAUUGAGCAGCUAUCGAAGCGCGCUGAGGCGGGCGACGAGACGGCGCAGCUGCUGUGCGGCAAGGUCACCCGCAAGGUCGUAAAGCAAACGGUCAUGACGACAGUAUACGGUGUGACGUUCAUUGGCGCGAAAAACCAGGUGAUGCGCCAGCUUGCGGACCGUGGCGAUGUACCGGCCGAAGAGCUGUGGUCGGCGGCGUCGUACCUGGCCAAAGUGAUUAUGGACUGCAUUGGCAACCUCUUCUCGGGUGCGAACCUGAUCCAGGACUGGCUCACUGUGAGUGCGCGCCUGAUUGCGAAGAGUAUUCCGCCGGAGCGCAUUGCGCAGGCGCAGCUGCGAACCGACAAGGCGGGAAAGCGCAGCAGCUCGACGCGGGAGGGCCGCGAGCAGAUGACGUCGGUCAUCUGGACGAGCGCGCUGGGUUUGCCUGUCGUGCAGCCAUACCGCAAAAUUAAGAAGCACCAGAUUACGACUGCGGUGCAGUCUGUGUACAUUCGUGACCCGAACCAAAACUACGAGGUGAACCCCUCGAAGCAGGCUAGUGCCUUCCCCCCCAACUUUAUCCACUCCCUGGAUGCGACACACAUGUUCCUCACGGCGCUGGAGUGCCACUCGGCUGGCCUUGUGUUUGCCAGUGUGCAUGACAGCUACUGGACGCAUGCGUGUGAUAUUGAUACCAUGAGCGACAUCAUCCGCGACACGUUUGUGCGCUUGCACUCACAGGACAUUCUCGUACGUCUGCGUGACGAGUUCCUGCAGCGCUACAAGGGCUACAAGAUUCCUGCAUCGUCGCUAGCGUACACCAAGGCCAAGGUUGCGCGCGCACGGGCCGAAGAGCCUGCCGAGUCCGAUGCGGUCGAGGCCGGCGCCGAAGACGCAGAGCCUGUGCUCGGGGACCUAGCGUCCCUGUCGCAGUGCGACCAGGAGCCAGAUGAAAAUGGCUUCUACAAUCUCGCGGACCUGCUUCCCACCAUCCCCAAAAAAGGCGGCUUUGAUGUCUCGGAGAUCAAGCGCUCUCUGUAUUUCUUCAGCUAG